GGAAUCAGAUCAGUGUUUGGGUCUUUGUGUUCGAAGUAGAAGCGACACGCUUUGACCCCAGCUGACCUGACCUCCCCCGAUCCUCCUCGCCCCAGUAGAGGGUCAGGAUGGCUUGCAGCUAUGCCGACGGUCUCAGCAAGUACGAAAACAAGGGAAAAUUAGGCCUUCCUGAGAAAUUUGACACAGCGGAGGAGGUAGAGAGGAAGGUUCAGAUACUGGCUGGAUGGAUGAGGGAGUCUAAACACACUGUCGUCCACACCGGGGCAGGAAUCAGCACUGCAGCCGGCAUUCCUGACUUCAGGGGGCCCAAUGGAGUGUGGACGCUUGAAAAGGAAGGACUUAAGCCAGAUGUCAACAUUUCUUGGGACGAUGCAAGGCCGACACUCACCCACAUGGCCAUUGUCAGCCUGGAACAGCGUGGUUAUGUCCAGUAUGUGGUGACCCAGAACAUUGAUGGCCUGCACCUCCGCUCGGGUCUUCAGCGGCAGAAGUUGGCAGAACUGCACGGGGACAUGUUUGUGGACAAGUGUAACCUGUGUCAGAGGCAGUUUGUGAGGAGCUCUGCUGCAACCACAGUGGGGCAGAAGAGUGAGGGGAAGGCGUGUCCAGCCAAACGAGGCAACGGCAGGAGGUGUCGGGGAAAGCUGCACGACAAUAUUUUGGACUGGGAGGAUGGAUUGCCUGACGCUGAUCUGGAUCUUGCCAUCUCUCACUCCUGUGUGGCCGACCUGAGCCUGUGUCUGGGAACAACUCUGCAGAUUGUACCCAGUGGCAACAUUCCCGUGGACACUAAGAAGAGAGGUGGCAGGCUGGUCAUAUGCAAUCUACAGCCCACUAAACAGGACCGCCAUGCCGAUCUUAUAAUCAACACCUACGUCGACGUCUUAAUGAAACGCCUUCUGGAGCUUCUCGACGUCCCUCUCCUGCCUUACUCUGCCGAGGACGACCCCCUGAAGAUCUCCCAGCUCCUUCUACAGUCCAGCAUAGCAGAGAGUUCAGGGAAUGGUGUGUUUGAACCCAUCGAGUGGACAAUCCCUGAAGAGUGGGUGAAAGAUAAGGAUUUGGCCGAGCGUGUCAAGUCAAGAAAGGUCAUACGCAAGAGGCCCGGGGUCAAGGAUGAGGUUCAAGGGAGGAAAAAGGUCAAAACUGAGUCAGGUCAUGUUCAGAGGGAAGAGAAUGAUAAGGAGGAAGAUGAGUUAGAUUUGUGUCAUAAGAAUGGUGAGGUUUUGAAGAAGAGUGAUAGGAAUGAGGAGGAAGACGAAGAGGAGUUGAUAGGAGAAACGUGUGUAAUAGAGGAUGCAGAGGAAAGGGAGACAGGAAAGACAGAACAAGAGGAAGGCAAUGCUGUGAUAAAGAGUGAAAGAGAAAACGGAAUAAAGACAGAAAGUGAGAUAAAGAACGAGGAAGAACACAAAUUAGAAAGGAGCGAAGUGAAGGUGAAAACAGAGCAAAUAGUGAAGAAAGAAGAGUCAGACAAUACCAUAAAGAGUGAAAUAGAGGAUUUGAUAAAGACAGAAAACGAAAUACAAGAAAAAAAUGAGAAAUCAGAGAGAAAUGAGGUUUAUACAAAUGGAAACUCAACUCCCAGUGCAGUGCAAGAAGAGGGAGACUCAGAAUCGGAAGUCACUGGACCAGAAAACAGGUCAAGUGACAUCCAGAAUGACCUCGCCACAUGACAGAGGAAAUGACACGCCCCCUCACUGACCCAAGAAACAGUGGGGUCAGUGAAAGAGAAGGUCAGGUAGCUAAGCAAGGUCAUUGGUCACCUGGGAUCUCAAGGUCACAUUAUGUACUGAUCUGUAUGCUAAUGUUACCAAGGUCAUGUUUUUUAUUGUUAGGACUAUUUAAGGUUUAUUUAAGAGUUUGCUGGGCCAAAUAUGAGGAAUUUUUAAGGUCCUUUUGUUCUUGAAAUAUCCUAUAGAUGAAAAUGUAGGCUUCUGAGAACCAGGAAAAGGAGUUGAAAGAUAUUUUUAGUCCUUACUGGUUCGUUUAGGUAGGUUUAUGAACUGAUGUUGUGUCAAAGAUUAUGUUAUUUCUAUUUUUAGUCGCCCAGUAUUGGAAGGUUUUGUAAGAUGGUGAUUUGUACAAGAUUAAGUCUUUUGGUCUGCACAGGAACAAUUCUUGAGCCAUUUUGUCUAUAACGUGACCUGGUAUGGAGAAGUUUGCAAGCUGGUGAUGUGUACAAGAUUAAGUUAUUUCAAUUCUUGGUCACCUGGUAUUGAAGGAUUUAACUAGUGACCUGUACAAGAAGAAUAGGUAUUUUUACUUAGACUGACCAGGUAUUGCAAGAUGCAGUGACCUGUACAAGAAGGCUCAUUUAUUUCUCUCAUUACUGAUCUGGCAUUGCAAAGUUUUCAAAGUGACCUGGCACUGUGCAGUCUACGAACUGGUGACCUGUGCAGAAGGGUUAGUGCCUCUAGAAGUGAUGGUGAAAAAAAUGACCUAAAAAAUGUACAUAACUUUAAGAUGAACUCAUUAGCUACCUGUCAGUGAAGGAACACACACACUAACACAAUACUGAAGUGCUGUGAGGCUUGAUGUACACAUGUAUACAUAGAUGUGUGGCGUGUGUGAAUGGACUGUAUUCUGAAACUCUUUGCUCUCACUACAACUACUUUCAAAGGCCACAGAGAUGAUUAGCCGGGUUCUCAGGAGUGUUUCUGCUGUCAACAAUACAGAAAUUUUAUUAAUAUACCCCUAGAACUGUAAAAACACCCUUAAAAAACAAGUAAUUUCACCACAAUUAUUUUCAGAGACCACAGAGAUGACUAGCCAGGUUCUCAGGAGUGUUUCUGUUGUUAAUACCAUAGAAAUCUUACCAAUACACCCAUUGAACCAUAAAAGAAACACUCAAAAACCUGUGUAACUUCAACUAGAGGCCUUGGAAUGUAGCAGAGGUGCAGUAGAGAAGCAUUUCAGAGUUAGGUCCUGUGACUGGCUGUGUUGGUGAGUGACGACUGCGCAUCAGGAUUCUUACCCCACCAGACUGUGAUAAGGGAUAGAACUGUCCAUUACACACUGACCUCUCCCUAGGGUGCCAGAAAUGUACUGUUCUCUUGUUACUGAUGGGUUCCUCUUGGUUAGGGCAGAGGAAUAAGAAGGAAGAAGAGGAGGAGUCAUGAGGCAAUAGUGUGGUGAGGAACUAUGAGGAAAAGGAAGAGGAAUAUUAGUAACGGGUAUGUAAAGAGAAACUAGGAAGAAAAUAAAGAAGAGGACAAUGGUACAGAGGGAAAAAGGAGGAAAAACAGGUAAAAAUAUUAAUAAGACGUGUGGAAAGGAGGAACUAGGAAGAUUUUAAAAUAACAGGUCAGUUUGGAAAGGAA